AUGCGGGAAUGGGGUCCUUGGAUUUGUGGAGUAGGUGUAUGGAGUCUACUGCUAUCACUUUGUCUGGCCUCCCUCACGCAUGCACACAGGAGCCACACAGUGCACGUGAAGGCAGGAACAUGUGAAGUCAUCGCUGCCCACCGCUGCUGCAACAAGAACAAGAUCGAGGAGAGAUCUCAGACUGUCAAAUGUUCUUGUUUCCCGGGUCAAGUUGCCGGCACCACUCGGGCGAUGCCCUCCUGCGUCGAUGCCUCCAUUGUAGCCCAAAAGUGGUGGUGUCAGAUGCAGCCGUGUAUGGAAGGUGAGGAGUGUAAGGUUUUACCGGACCUCACGGGGUGGAGCUGCAGCACGGGAAACAAAGUCAAGACCACAAAGGUGACCCGAUAGUCCUUCCCAUAUGAAGAAGAACAGGAGGAACUGGUGGCAGAAGUCUUUUCAGAAGGACAAUAAACUUUUUAAGUAUGAAAGAAAUACACUCAGAUG